AUGUCUCGAGCAGGCUCCGCUGCUCAACCAAGAGCCUUGACAUUGACUGAAGAGCUGGAGAAACUCGAACAGUCCAUUACAUUGACACUGCAAGAGAUCGACCACAACUUCAGUCGAGCACACCGCAUAGUCACUUCGAGCAUCCUGCCCAUCGUUGAACAAUAUGCCACGCAUUCGAAGGAGGUCUGGGAAGGGUCAAGAUUCUGGAAGCAAUUCUUUGAAUCAAGCGCCAACGUGUCCCUGUCAGGCUACGAGGAGCAACAAUCACACUUGGAGAAUGCAGACACCACAGUGACCGAAGACACCCACACUAUAACACACAGCACUUUGGAGACGUCGCAGUCCUACGAAACCCCUUCCGCCCAGCACAUCUCAACCGACUCAAUACAGGAUCUGGAUCUCUCCAACAUGACCAUCUCGCCCUCCAAGAGCAGCACUCCGCGGCCUCACGUAUCACAAAAGCCACAAAAGCAAGGGAAUGCCACUUUCGCCGACUACCCAUCGCCGUAUGAGGCCUUGCGACAAGAAGUCCACAGCACGGUUGUCGACAACACGUCACUCGCUCAACCGACCCUGCCCGAAACCCCCGGCAGCCGACCGGUGUUUCCCAUGGAUAACAUUGCCGUUGGGACACCAGAAUCCUCGCCGUUCCUACCUCCCGGACCAACCUCAAUCACGCGCCCAUCGACAACCCGCAAAAGAACAGAUCCUCUACUUCACCGAAUCCUGGACAGAAACUACCGCGUCCAAGCCACGCCGGUCACCAGUCAGCGCUACGCAAAUCUGCAAUCGACAACUCGUGCUACGCCCUCGACCGCCAAACGUGCUCGAUCUGCAACACUGGACGAUUCCACUUUAUCGUCGAGCCCGGAAGCACCUCCGCCCGAGCUCCACCCGGAGAUCUUCUCCUCGCCCGAACGCAAGAGACCCAUCCCCGGUGUCAGCGUCCUGACACCAUCACGGGCGCGGUCAAAAUCCCAACCGUUAAAGGCCCCAGCCCGCACGCCGGGAGUCUGGGACAGUGACGACGACGAUCUCGAUGACGACAUUCUCUUCGACCAAUCUCCACCCAAGACCAUGCAAUUCCACGUCCCUCAGAAUCGCCUGCUGAAAACGCCAGCCAAGGAAGCGUCGAAGCGGAUCGUCGAGGACAUUCUCACCAACGCCGGCAUAGAUUAUGGGGAGGAAGAACUCGACUUCACACAAGAGUUGGAAACGCAGGGGUUUGAUCUGGACGUCAGUGGAGGAGAGCCGACCAGCCCGAGUGUGGUCCGCAAAGCAAUGAAUAUCGAGGAUGAAACGUUCUGA